AUGAAGACAAUUUCCCAGCAACUGCUACCCAAGGUAAUGGCAAGUUCUGAUUACAUGGAAGCUCAUUACAUGGGAGCAGCUCUUGCAUAUUUUGCAGAACAACGCACAUUGGAGAUCGCUAGAAAAGGUUUCUCCCAAAUCACUCUUCCGAAGCAACGCAAAACCAACAAGAAGCAAACAUCAACUCUAUUUUGCCGAGACGGGGAAGACAAGGAUUACGCUGCUGCGGUCUUGUUGAUUGCGAAGACGCUCAAGGACGCACAAACUAGAAGACACGCACUCGAAGUCAAAAUUCAUCACGAUUCCAGGAUGGCAGAAGAGCGACUGGUUCGACGAAAUGAGAAAGGCGCUUGCCUAUCCAUGAAAAAAGUCAUGACUGCACAAUUCGAAUAUAUUCACAUUCUGCAACGAAUCGCAGCCAUCGCAGCGCUUCAAUACAGCCUGGAAAACGGUUUGAUCAAAGCCAGUCUCGUGGAGGAUAUCCUCAUUGAAGUUACGUCUACAACGGAACCGGGUGACACGCCAACCGAAUUCAAUAACGAUGAAGCAUUGGAUCAAUUGGAAUGUGGAGACUUUUUUCCCAUCCUAGAUACCGAGACUGGGACCAUUACCUUUACAAACUCCUACAAUUAUGCAUCCAAUUUGGAAGUGGUUGAUUCUAGACCUGAGCAGCAGCAAUCGCACCAAUCGCCCAAAUCCGUUAGUGGAUUCAUAUGA